CUAUCCGUGCAGUUUGUAGAUCAGAAGUUAGCGGCGCUGCCCUGCAGUGAGCUAACGCUGCUAAAAUCAGUCAGAUAGAUAAAUGGAGGCGUAAAGCGGAGCAGCCGAGUUUACAGAUUUACAGACCCAGCACAGACAUGGCCAAGCCGGCGGAGAGAGCCUACUACCGCUUCAUGGUGCUGUUUUUUAACUGCAUGCUCACAUUCGGAUCCUACUUCUGCUUCGAUAUUCCCAGUGUGCUCCAAGAGCAGUUCCAAGGGAACCUGACGUGUCCGAACUCCACGGUGAGUUCUGGCAGCAGUAAUGGGUCGGAAUGUGUGGAGGGGCUGGGAAUGACCCCACAGCAGUACAACCUGCUGUAUGCCAUCUACGCAUGGACAAAUGCCGCCGUGGUGAUCAUGGCAGGAUUCCUCAUCGACAAACUCGGGAACCGCUUCGGCGUGUUCCUGUUCUCCUUCCUGACCGUGCUGGGGUCGGCGAUCUUCGCUCUCGGGUCUCAUUUUAAAGGAACGGAGUACCUGCUGCCCCUCAUGCUGACCGGACGGCUGCUGUUCGGCUCUGGAAAUGGAUCACUGACCAUUGUUCAGAACCGUAUCACAGCGUUCUGGUUUAAAGGUAAAGAGCUGGCUCUGGCGUUCGGUCUGACUCUGGCCUUCUCCCGGCUCGGCUCAGUGCUCAACUUCUUCCUCACUCAGCGGUUCGAGUCGCACUAUGGCAUGCAGUGGACACUGUGGGGAGGUACAUUGCUGUGUGUGCUGGGUUUCCUCUCUGCUAUAACGGUCAGUGUGCUUGAUAAGAUGGGAAUGAAACAGCUGGGACUGGACGGAACCAUCCAGGAGGAAUCCCGCAAAGUGAGGGUGCAGGAUAUCCGAUUGCUUUCUCUCCGUUACUGGUUGCUGGUGCUCACCAUCAUGUUCUUCUACAAUGGAAUCUUCCCAUUCAUUGCUGACGCCAGUAAGUUUAUUCAGGAUAAAUAUUCAGGCUACAGUCAGAAGGAAGCUGCCUACAUCGCUGGCGCUGUAUACGACAGCUCUCUGGUGUUGUCAGCUGCUGUCGGCAUUCUCAUCGAUUACGUGGGUCUGCGCGGUGUGUUUGCUGUGCUGUGUGCGGUACUGACGUUGCCGGUGUUCGGGCUGUUGGCCUUCACCUUCGUUGCUCCACUUGUCUGCACCAUCUGGCUUGGAAUCACCUACUCAUUCGCAGCUGCGAGUAUGUGGCCCUCCAUCCCCCUGGUGGUCCCUCAGGCCACUUUGGGCACUGCGAUGGGUUUGGCCACUUCAGUGCAGAUGAUCGGCAUCGGAGUCUCUAACCUGAUUGUGGGGCAGAUCCUGGGCACCAAGAACAGUGAUGCUAAGAUUCCUGUGUGGCGCUGGCAGCGGAUGAUGAUCUUCAUGCUGGCGAAUACAAUCAGCUGCAUCGUCACCUCAGCUGUACUGAACAUAGUGGAUCACAGACAGGGAGGAACUCUGAACCGGACGACGAAGCGAUCAGCGGUGCAGAACGCCGAGGUGCAGACGGACACGGAGCCGCUGGUGAACGAGGGAGAGGAUGAAGGAGAGGAAGACGGGGUCAACACCUCCAGCUCCAUCAACGCAUCCUGAACAUCACUCGCUCCAGCAGGGAAUGGAUGCGAAAGGGAAAAACACUCUGAGCUCACCGCUGUUGCCCAGAGCAGAUUCACACUCAGCCGUCCGUUUGAUCAAAUGACGUUUGAUUGAUUUUAAGUGUAAAGAAGUUCUGCCUCCUCUUCAGAGACACGCUGCUGCACAUUUAAACGCACAGUUACUGUUUCUUUGCUGAAUUUGAAAGUAAAACUUUUGCGCAGGACACAUUUUUGUUUAAAUUUUUCCAAUUCGUUAAAUUCGGCAAAUAAACAGUAAUUGUCCAUUGACCAGGGGGUGCCUAAACUUUUACACAGAACUGUAUACACAGCGUGUCAGAAGUCUGGGAACACCUAGCUUUCAAAAAUGGUUUUAAUAGAGCUGAUCAUGUUUCCUUUGCAGUAACUGACCGUCAUAUCAAACGGAGCUGGUUUGUCUUAGUAUUAUAUAUAGACUAUUACGUUAAGCCUGUGAAACUGAAGGAACGGCUGAUAAAGGUCCCGCAUUGGGAAUAAAGCCAAAGGCCACGCCCAGUUUUCUCAUCAGCACUCAAACCUUAAGCAGCUUUAAUAGGGGCUUUUAAAUUAAAAGUGGAUUUGGAAAUCAAACAUUACGUGGUAAAAGAAAAGUGUCCCCAAACUUUUGCUGGGCUGUGUUUCUGCUCAGAGAGAAGUGUUGAGGAUGAUGCCACAGGCGAUCGUGGCGACGCUCCCUCGGUCAGGAUCAAUGCCGCAGAUAUGUGCAUGUGCUCAGACGGAUGUUCUGCCUUUUAUAUAAAUGUUUUAUAUAUAGUCGUAUGUGGGGAUCAGGUGAGGGUAUUUCUGAUUGGUCUACAGUGUUCGGUGGUGUUGGGGUUGGAUUUCUUCAUAGUUCAGUGUGUGAGGUGUAAACAGAGGGUUUGGUGUGAAACGGUUCAGACGUCUUUACAGUGGUGGUGAUGGGAACCAGGCGUCUCCAUGACUACAACACAGAUAUAGACACUUUAUUUACCA